AUGCCACAGACCCCGUCUGCAAACACAAACGAGUACUUGUUGAGCUGUGUGAGCUCGCUUCGAGCGUCCACCCAGUUGCUUGACAAGUCGAUCAAAGUGGUAGACGCUUCUACCAAAGAUGUCCACAGGCUCAAUAAGAUCUUAAAAACAGACAAUGUGUUCGGGCUUGUGGCCGAACUGGACCUACAGCACUCCAUCAAGACGGUGCAAGACGAGCUCGAACCAAAGGUUGAUGCGUUGAAACACAAAUAUGAACAGGAGGUGGAAAAGGUCCGCAAUCGAACCAACAAUCUUAAGAACAAGAUUGAGUUGCAGCGGGUGAGGCUUCAGACCAUCAGAAAUUCCAAGGGAUCGCACGAUGUUAUGAACGACAAACUUCUUCGAUUGAACUUUCUCAGAAACAAAAAGUCCCGGUUGAAGUUCAAUCUCUCCCGGUACCAGUUGGAGGAUCAAAAGAACCGCUUGAGUGCAGCCUCUACGCCCCAGCCCAUGGAGGAGGACAGCGAAUAA